AUGGGGCAGAAGGCGCUGAUCUACGCGUUCGUAGCACGAGGCACUGUGAUUCUGGCAGAGUACACGGAAUUCAGCGGCAAUUUCAACUCCAUAGCGUUUCAGUGCCUCCAGAAGCUUCCCGCUACCAACAACAAGUUCACUUACAACUGCGAUGGCCACACCUUCAAUUACCUCGUCGACAAUGGCUACACGUAUUGUGUGGUUGCAGAUGAAUCAUCUGGAAGACAAGUACCUAUUGCUUUUCUGGAGCGUAUCAAAGAUGAUUUUGUUUCAAAAUAUGGUGGUGGAAAGGCUGCUACAGCCCCUGCCAACAGCCUUAACAAGGAAUUUGGGUCAAAAUUGAAGGAACAUAUGCAGUACUGUGUUGAUCAUCCUGAAGAAAUAAGCAAGCUUGCAAAGGUGAAGGCCCAGGUUUCAGAAGUUAAAGGUGUUAUGAUGGAGAAUAUUGAAAAGGUUUUAGAUAGAGGGGAAAAGAUAGAGCUUCUGGUUGACAAGACUGAGAACCUUCAUCAACAGGCACAGGACUUCAGAAAUGUUGGGACGAAAAUGCGGAGGAAGAUGUGGCUGCAGAACAUGAAGGUGAAGCUGAUUGUUUUGGGAAUCCUGAUCGCACUAAUCCUUGUCAUAAUCCUCUCCGUUUGCCAUGGUUUCAACUGUGGAAAAUGA